AUGAAGAUCGGUUUUAUUGGUGCAGGGAAAAUGGCUCAAGCUUUGGCGAGAGGAUUGAUCAAUUCGGGUCGAAUCGCUCCCGAGAACAUCAUUGCCAGCUCUCCAAAGAAAGAUGUCCCCUUUUUGGAUCAGUGCAAAUCAAUGGGCUUACACACAACACACGAAAAUACAGAAGUUGUUCACAAAAGUGAUGUCGUUUUUUUGGCGGUCAAACCGAUUCACGUGCCAAAGGUGACGUCAGAGAUAGCUCCAUCGGUCAGCCGAAAUCAUCUCCUCGUCUCAAUCGCUAUGGGGAUCACCAUUCGAAAUAUGGAAGCGCUUCUUCCCUCAAAAUCUCGCGUUGUCCGCGUUAUGCCCAAUACUCCAUCGGUUGUUCGGGCUGGGGCAUCGGGUUUCGCGAUGGGAUCCGCUUGUAGAGACGGAGAUUCAGAUGUUGUCCGAGAGCUCCUUUCCACAGUCGGGUUUGCCGUUGAGGUGCCGGAAGCGUGGAUUGAUCCAGUCACCGGUCUUUCUGGAUCUGGACCAUCUUAUAUGUUCUCCGCUAUCGAGGGUUUAGCCGAUGGUGGAGUGAAAGUGGGUCUUCCUCGAGAUCUCGCGAUAAAACUUGCCGCUCACACUUUGCUUGGAGCAGCGAAGAUGGUUCUCGAGACUGGCAUUCAUCCAGCUCAAUUGAAGGACGACGUGCAAUCGCCGGGCGGUUCAUCGAUUUACGGAAUGCACAAGUUGGAGAGCGGUAAUUUGAAGGGGAUUCUGAUCGACGCGGUCGAGGCGGCGACAAAUCGUUCACGAGCCACUGGAGACAAAGCACUUCCAAGAGACGUCAGAAAUACCGAAUUAGACUACGCCACAUCGUAUCAUACUCAUCAACAAAAUGGAAACAAUAAUGGAAAUCACGAUGAUCAUCAUGAUGAGGAAAGGGAAUUGAGAAGAGCUUCAUAU